AAAUCCGAUUGAAUCUGCAUUCCUCUUUGUACAAUUUCUUCAAUUUUUUAGCUGUAAAUCCUUCACUUUACCAAAUUACUUGACAUCCCCACUUUGCUGAUUGUCAAGAAUUGUUUGUCUGACAAAAGGCCCAAUUUUUCUAAUCAUAUCAUAAAUUUGAGGAAAAAUUAUGGAGGUUUUAGUGAUGGGAAGUUCUCAGGUGAAUUUGGGUAGGAAUGAUUUGGGAAAUAGAGAAGUUGGGAAUUGUAGUUUUACCAAGAAUCUCAAUUUAAACAUCUCUUCUUCUUUCAAAAUUUCAAAAUUAUGUAUAAAAUUGCAUACAAAAUCAUUCAAUAGGUUUAGUCUGAAAGCAUCUGCUUCUUCACAAGCUGAACCACUCAUAGCAAAUAAUAACAGAAAACCCAAGCCGACUGGUGACGUGAAACUAUUUGUUGGGUUGCCACUUGACGCUGUUUCAAGUACUAAUACGAUAAACCAUGCUAGAGCAAUUGCAGCUGGAUUAAAAGCCUUGAAGUUACUAGGUGUAGAUGGCAUAGAACUCCCAGUCUGGUGGGGAGUUGUUGAGAAGGAAACCAGGGGAAAGUAUGACUGGACAGGCUACCUUGCACUUGCUGAAAUGAUCCAAAAGUUGGGACUUAAGCUUCAUGUGUCACUCUGCUUCCAUGCAUCAGAGGAAGCGAAAAUUCCACUCCCAGAAUGGGUUUCUCGGAUUGGUGAAUCUGAUCCUAGUAUCUUCUUUAAAGAUCAAUCAGGACAACACUAUAAAGAUUCUCUUUCGUUCGCUGUUACUGAUGUUCCUGUCCUUGAUGGAAAGACUCCAGUUCAAGUAUACAAAGAGUUUUGUGAGAGCUUCAAGGCUGCAUUUUCCCCGUUCAUGGACUCCACAUUCACGGGCAUUUCCGUUGGUCUAGGACCAGAAGGCGAGCUUCGCUAUCCUUCUCAUCACAGUCCAUCCAAAAUGAACAAUGAUCAAGGAGCUGGUGAGUUCCAGUGUUAUGAUAAAUACAUGCUGAGUUCUCUUAAACAGUAUGCUGAAAGCAAUGGGAAUCCUCUGUGGGGAUUGGGUGGUCCACACAAUGCCCCUGGUUAUGAUCAACCACCCAUGACAAGCACCUUCUUCAAGGAGAAUAAUGGAUCUUGGGAGACGACUUAUGGUGACUUUUUCCUUUCUUGGUACUCGGAGCAACUUAUUUCACAUGGAAGCCGACUUCUUUCUCUUGCCUCUGAAACAUUCAACGACGUUCCAAUCUCCAUUUGUGGCAAAGUUCCCCUUGUGCACUCUUGGUAUAGAACCCGAUCCCAUCCUAGCGAGUUAACAGCUGGUUUCUAUAACACAGCCAACAGAGACGGUUAUGUUGAAAUUGUUGAGAUGUUUGCAAAGCAUUCGUGCCAAAUUAUAUUGCCCGGGAUGGAUCUCUCGGACGAUCAUCAGCCAAACGAAUCUCUCUCGAGCCCAGAGUUGUUGGUUGCUCAAAUUACAUCGUCUUGCAGAAAGCACGGAGUGGAAAUCUUAGGGCAAAACUCAAUGGUUGUAAAUGCAUCGAAUGGUUUUGAACAGAUAAAGAAGAAAUUGUCCGGUGAAAAAGAAAUGAUGAGCUUGUUCACAUAUCAAAGAAUGGGUGCUGAUUUCUUUUCUCCUGAACAUUUCCCUGCAUUCACUCAAUUUGUCCGAAACCUCAAUCAACCAGAGCUGGAUUCAGAUGAUCAACCAACCAAACAAGAAGAACGCUUUGCGAGUUAUCAUCCCCAGAUGCAAGCAGCUUAGAUUCAUAUUCUAUGUACAUAUUGGAAAUUGUAACGCUAGAGAUUAGUAGGUGUAGUAGCUUAAGCUGAAAGUUGCAAAUCAUUCGGUUUGUCUGUUAUAUAUAUUUGUAUUGGUAUAGUAUGAGAAACUUCUGAUGGCUUUCAAAUA